AUGACUGACAUCAGAACAAAGGGGCUGUCGCAGCCCGUCGACGUUGCUGAAUAUCUCUUCCGGAGACUCCACGAAGUUGGGAUCCGCUCAGUUCACGGUCUUCCCGGCGACUUCAACCUCGUUGCUCUCGAUUAUCUCCCUGGGUGCGGUCUGAAGUGGGUUGGCAACGUCAACGAGCUCAAUGCCGGCUAUGCUGCCGAUGGCUACGCUCGUGUCAAGGGCAUGUCGGCCAUCAUCACCACCUUCGGUGUUGGCGAGCUCUCGGCCAUCAACGCCCUUGCCGGCGCAUACUCAGAACACAUUCCCGUCAUCCACAUUGUCGGAUGCCCGUCUACCGUCUCACAGAAGAAUGACAUGCUCUUGCACCACACUCUUGGCAACGGCGACUUCAACGUUUUCUCCAACAUGAGCUCUCAGAUCUCGUGCGAUGUUGCCCGUCUCAACAAUCCAGCUGAGAUCGCCAACCAGAUCGACCAUGCUCUCAGAGAAUGCUGGAUCCGCAGUCGUCCCGUUUAUAUAAUGCUUCCCACCGACAUGGUCCAGAGGAAGGUGGAGGGCGAAAGACUGCAGACGCCCAUCGACCUGGAGGAAGCAAUCAACGAUCCCGACAGAGAGGACUACGUUGUCGAAGUCAUUCUCAGGACGCUCCACGCCGCAAAGAAGCCCAUCAUGCUCAUCGACGCUUGUGCCAUCCGUCACCGCGUUCUACCCGAGGUUCAUGCACUUCUUGACAAGACCAAGAUUCCCGUUUUCGUCACUCCCAUGGGCAAGGGUGCUGUAAACGAGACACACCCCAGUUAUGGCGGUGUCUACGCCGGGACCGCCUCGCAACCCGACGUUGCUGAGCGUGUAGAGUCUUCGGACCUGAUUCUAUCCGUCGGUGGUCUCAAGAGCGACUUCAACACGGCUGGAUUCUCCUACCGGACAUCACAACUCAACACCAUCGACUUCCACAGCACGCAAACCAGGGUCCGCUACUCCGAAUACCCCGGUAUUACCAUGCGGGGUGUCCUACGCAAGGUUAUCGCUCGCCUUGACCCGGGUCAACUAACUAUUACGGCAUCGCCGGGGGGGAUCAACAGGGUGUCCAGCCCGAAUUCGGAUCCCUCACAAACCAUCACUCAAGCUUAUCUGUGGCCGAGGGUUGGCAACUACCUCCGCGAGAACGACAUUGUGGUCACCGAGACCGGCACGGCUAACUUUGGCAUCUGGGACACCAAGUUCCCUGCUGGUGUCACAGCUUUGAGCCAAGUAUUAUGGGGAAGCAUCGGCUGGUCUGUCGGCGCAGCUCAAGGUGCUGCGCUUGCUGCCAAGGACGCAGGCCAGGAUCGGAGAACCAUUCUCUUCGUGGGCGAUGGCUCGUUCCAGCUCACGGCCCAGGAGGUCACCACCAUGAUUCGCCACGGCUUGAACACAACAAUUUUCGUUAUUUGCAACGACGGAUAUACCAUUGAGCGUUUCAUCCAUGGAAUGGAGGCUGAAUAUAAUGACAUCGUCCAGUGGCAGUAUAAAGAGCUCGCGACCGUUUUCGGAGGCACUGACAAGACAGUCAAGAAGUUUACCGUCAAGACCAAGGAUGAGCUGGAGAGGCUCCUGGCCGACAACGACUUCAACAACCCCACGACGCUGCAGUUUGUUGAGCUCUAUCUUCCCAAGGAGGAUGCCCCAAGGGCACUCAUCAUGACUGCCGAGGCCAGUGCAAGGAACAAUGCUAGGGCCGAGUAA